UUUAAAAGGAAGUUUUCUGGACUCAGAGGGUAAUAGCACCUUCCUGAAAGCUGCAGCUUCUUUCUCACCUUGAAGAAUAAUUCUAGAAAGCUCCCAAAAUGUGUGAUGCAUUUGUAGGUACCUGGAAACUUGUCUCCAGUGAAAACUUUGAAGAUUAUAUGAAAGAAGUGGGAGUGGGCUUUGCUACCAGGAAAGUGGCUGGCAUGGCCAAACCCAAUGUGAUCAUCAGUGUGAAUGGGGAUGUGAUCACCAUUAAAUCAGAAAGUACCUUUAAAAAUACUGAGAUUUCCUUCAAAUUGAGCCAGGAAUUUGAGGAAGUCACUGCAGAUGACAGGAAAGUCAAGAGCACCGUAAUCUUAGAUGAAGGUGCCCUGGUGCAGGUGCAGAAGUGGGAUGGAAAAUCAACCACCAUAAAGAGAAAACGAGUGGAUGACAAACUGGUGGUGGAAUGUAUCAUGAAUUGUGUCACUGCUACCAGAGUUUAUGAGAAAGCAUAAGCCAAAGGAUAUUGAGCUGGACUGAAGUUUGCAUCAAACUCUAUGACAUUCUGUUGGGUGUGUUGUCCAAACAUAUAUUAUUUCCCACUAAUUAGCAAUCAACUAAUUUUCCCCCAGACUGAUUUUAUUCGAUAUGGUUGUGUUGGUUAAAUAAAACUUUUUAGAUUUAUAAGGCUGUGUAAUGAUUUAUUCAUUGUGCUAGAUAAUUUCUUACUUAUAAUUUAGUGAAGGAAAUAGAAAAUUGUAUUAUUGCUUUGUUUCUAGUACAUGAUUUUUAAAAUAAUAAUCCAAGAUGAAAAAAAAAUAGUGAACUUUCCAUUGUCUUAGGAAGAAAAUGAUAAAUAUGUGCUAUUACUGAAUAUGAAGUCCUUCUUUAACAUAACUACAGUCAAGUAAUAAUUUCUCAGAGACCUAAGGUAGUUUUAAAUGUAGUGAAAUUGUCCACAGUCAGCUGGCCCAAGUACUGUCAUUUCACAUAUAUCUGUCCUAGAGCAUUAAGACAGAGACAAGUGUAGUAGCAAUGCAGAGGGUAGAAAAAGAUUUCUAGGCUAUAAGUUUUAAUCUGAAAAAUUAUUAGUAAACCAAGCUAUCCCUGGAAUCUCUCAAGAAUUAAGUCCAAAUAAUCCCAUAAUGUUUAUUCCAUAAAAGAAGUGACAGGCUUGUAAUGAUGCAAAUGUUCCUGUAGUCAUUUCCAAAUUUUUCUUUUAUUCUUAUCAGUGGAACUUUUUAUUCAAGUAAGAUAUUGACUAUGUUCUGGAACUUUCUAUUCAAAUAAAAUCUCCAUGGAAUUCCAAUAUAUAAAACAAACAAAAAUGAUAAUAAAGCC